UGGAUAAGUUUAAAAUGAAGAAGGGUUUUCCACAAGUUGCGGGAGCUAUUGAUGGUACCCACAUUAAGAUAUUUGCACCACAAAAAGACGCCCAGGAUUAUUUCAACCGCAAAUGGUCUUUUUCCGUAGUACUUCAAGCUCUAGUUGACGCAGACGGCAAAUUUAUGAACACCUUUGUCGGCAUGCCUGGCAGUGUUCAUGAUGCCAGAGUGUUCAAUCUGUCUGCGCUAAGCAAAAAGUUACAAGAACACACCUUAUUUACACCGAAUAACGUUGUUGAAAUUGAGGGUAGCGCUGUGCCUUUAUUGAUUUUAGGGGACGCAGCCUAUCCUUUAUUGCCAAAUCUUAUUAGACCGUUCAUUGGGAGAGGGUGUCUCAACAGAUCAGAGAGAAUGUUUAAUUACAAACAUUCUGCCACAAGAAUGACCGUGGAAAAGGCCUUCGGGAGACUGAAAGGGAGAUGGAGGAUUUUGUUGAAAGAAAACGAACACGAAUUAGACAACAUUAGACCCAUAGUACAGACAUGCUGUACCUUGCACAACAUUUGUGAAAUUAGUAAUUCGUUUUACAAUCCAUCUUGGAAUGAAGGGGUUGAACUUGAUAGUUCAACAGAAACUGUGUGCAGGCAGCCUCCCACAGAAUCCGCCAAAACUAUUAGAGAAUCACUUGUAAUGCAUCUAAACACUCGUCAAUAGGCCUAGCCUAGUAAUAGUAUUAUUAGUAUCUAGUAUUAGUAAUAAAAUAGUUGAUAUUAGUUGAGUUGCAAUCCAAAACGAAUGGCAAGUUAAUAAAGUUUUCCUUUCUCAAUAUUGAUGACAAACUAAAAGAAAAAAAUUGAAGUUGUAAAUAUCAGUACCUUAAUCAAUUAUUUCCAAUUCAGUAAUUAUAUAAAGAAAGUGAUGAAAUUAAUGAUGCCCGAAAGCCGCUUCGUUGUUGUACUGUGUAACUCGUUCCGUUCCGAUCUUUUUUCUGACAACCGUUGAAAACGUUUUAACAGUCAGCAGUUGGCUGUAUAACUUUAGUAUCUUCCAUUAUUUGAUGAGGUUUUAAAUAAAACUGAUUACUUUUGAAAUCAACAUAAUUGAACAAGAGUCAAUUUGAAUUGUUUGUGUACUGUAUUUUUAUUUAACACAUAAAUAUUCUCCAAACAAUUACGUUAAUUUUUUUAAACUACAGAGAUUUAAAUUAUUCAUACAUUACAAUUAAUCACUAUUAUUGAAUCGAUCUAGCUGUUUACAAAACAUAAGCAAUUAAAACUAA